CCCCUCUUCAUCCCAUUUUAUCCGUCCCAUCCAUGAUGCUGUCAUCAGGUAAUCAUAAACACAAAGGUCAUAUUGCUUGCGGAAGCCAAGGUAGAAGUAGAAGUAGAUAUAAAAAGACACAAGAGAGCAGCACCAUUCGCACCUUAGGCACAGCCACUGUCGGUGAACAACAACAGCCAAUCGACUCUGCACAGAAAUUUUGUAACACAAUCCAAGUAUUGAUUCAAGAACGCUAUCAACAGGCUUUGACUUACUGCGCGUCAGCUAAGCAUGCGACCUGCCAUCAGAUUUACCGUAAUUGGCACUCAGAGGAUAUGCAACGGAAAGAGAUUGUUGUCACUUCCCCCUUUGCUUUUAAUAAGCCUAGCGUUAAUGAUGAAAUGAAGCGAUAUCUGGUUGCGUAUCCUGCUGAAAAAUACGCUCUCGAUCGUCUGAAUGACUUUUCUCCGAUCGUAAAUCCAUAUUUCAAUAUGUUGGGAAUCUUUUUCUGCACCACUCCUGCCUUGGAUGAGCGGCCGGCUCCUUCUUCUCCCUAUGGUAAGAUCCGAUUUCAAGUGUCCUUUACAGACCUUCAACAAGCCAUGUUCCCAGUGUUUCGAUUAUUCUUCGCAGAUCAUUACCGCGUGAAAGAAGAUUGGUAUAUCCAAUUGGUCGUAGUACCACAAUGGAACCGCCGAUUAGAGGAACAAUGUCAGCUUCAAGGCCUGAUCGAGUUGGAUGUCAAUUCCAACCCAUUCUUCUAUUGCUCCUCCUCCUCCUCUUCUUCUUCCCCUUCAGCAGUAGCAUUGUCAUCGUCUGCUAGUGUCAACAAGGACACGAAGAACGAAUAUCGCACUUGCAUUGCUCCUAAGCUUUGGAUCGAACUUUUAGUUGGAUGCGAUGUCAUCUGCACUUCGUCUCUAGGCAAUAUUGUCAGUAGUCAGCUACAUGCUAGAGUGCGAAAGACUAGAAACUUUAUGACAGAUCAAGAGCAACGUAUAAAAUACGCUACCAUUUUGAAAGCACUCUCCAAGGAUCUGGAUCACGCUGCUGAUGAAUUACUACAACUACAACAACAACAACAACAACAACAACAACAACAGCAGCAGCAGCCACAGAACAUGAAUGUGAAGAUAUCAGAGUUGACAAUCCAAUUAGCUUUUCUAAGGACAUGUCUCUGUACCUUACAAUCCGCCAAUAGAUGAAAAAAUAAAAAACCGAAUUGAGA